UGCGAUACGAUCCUUCGGGUCAGUGGCAUCCGAGUCUCUCAAGAAAAGAAGAGAGCGAAGCCCGAGAGAGGCGAAACCCAAUGGCGAUCUCCUGCUGUUCCUCCCCCAAAUCCCUCCUCCCGUCUCUUCCUCUCAGAUGGCGAGGACGAGGAGGAGGCCGCGCCGCCCCUUCCAGAAUCUUCUGGAAGGCGCCCGAGCUUGUCAUCAGGGCGUCCAUGGUCGACUCCUUCGAGAGUUCCGGCAGCUUCGCCAAGCGGAUGGAGCGGGCGUGGCUCAUCUCUCAGGUACCACCAACCGGGAUUGCUUGUUCAUCUUGCAAAUCGAAUGGCUACAUUGAAUGCAAAUGGUGCAGAGGUACUGGUUUCUUCAUCCUCGGCAACAACAUGCUGUGUGAAGUGCCUUCAAGAAAUACCACCUGUUUAUAUGUGCGGGGAAGGGUUCUGCUUGCUGUCCUGAUUGCAAAGGCUACCCGAGGCUUCCGUGCCAAUGUUGGGAGAACCUCCACCACCCCAUAG